AUGCCUGAUACAAGUCCCCUUUUAAACCUAACUCUUAUUAAUCUUGCCGCACAGUUUGCUCGUAAUGCAUACCACGGUGAAAAUACUUUUAAGGGUGGAAAAAUGCUGUUAAAAUCUUCAAAAGCCGGAGUAUUUAAACCAGGAUAUUACAUUUACGAAGUAAAUAAUACAUUAUUCAUCACUAUCAGAGGUUCUAGCUCAGUUGCUGACUGGGAUGCUAACCUCGAUUACAAGGAAAUUCAUGCAGAAUUUGGAAAAUAUAAAGUUAAUGUACAUAGAGGAUUCUAUCGCGCUGCUGAAAGCAUUUACAAUGAAAUCAAACCAGUAUUCCUUAACUAUAAUGGCAAUUUCGUUGUCUGCGGACACUCUCUUGGUGCAUCUGCAGCAACUCUUUUAACUUUCCGCGCAUUGACAGAUCCAGACCUUAAGAAGAAGUACAAUCGCAUCAGAUGCUAUGCAUUUGCACCCGCUCCGACAACUUCUAUGAUGCCAAAAGAAAUUCAAAACAAGAUUUUAUCAUUCGUCUACAACAACGAUAUUGUUCCAAAUCUUUCCAUCGCCAGCCUUCAUAGAAUGAUCAAGCAAUUCGUUCCAGGCGGAAAAAUGAAACCAUUCUUCCUCAAAUUCGGAAUUCGCUCUGCAUUGAAAUCAUUCUCAAAGAAGAAGAACCCAUUCUCCAGAAACAUGUACAAGGUACUCGAUAGAUCAAUCAGUUUCUUGGUUCGCGAUAUUAUCAAAUACGACAAGAAACAGAGCAAAUUAACAGUCACAAAACUACUUGGCAACAUCGUCCACCUCGAUGGAAAGGCCACAACACUUAAGGAUGCUUUAAUCAAACCAGGAAAAGUGUUUGGCGAAUUAGCACCUUCUUCCGUCACAGAUCACUAUCCUCACAAAUAUGUUAGGGCUUUGAGGGCAUUGACUGCUUAA